CCUAUUAAGUGAAUAAAUGUUUAUUUUCAGUGUACACUUCCUUUGAAUGAUUGCCUUUUAGCAGCUCACAAAGUGUUUAAGAUAUUCUUAAAAUGGACAACAACAGCGACGAAGUUACAAUAAUGGAUUCGGGAAAUAUGUAUGAAGGGGAUUCCUCUCUAGGUACAUUAGAUGCUCAAUCUGAUACAAGUGAUGAAAACGAAAUUUUUCAUGAAUGUUCUCAAAUUGAUGGAAGUGUCGAAAAUACCGAUGACCAGAAUGCAAAUACAAUUGGGGAUAUUGAAGCAGUACGUGUCGGAAACAUCCACAUUAUAGGAAGUGAAAAUGAUAAAGAGCCCGAAACAUACCCAGUACCAAUAGAAAUACCUGUGUCUUCUGACGUUACAGUCAAAGAUGAAGUAUCUCCUACUGAGUUUGAAACGAUACAAGAUUUAAAGUCAUCAAGAGAAAGAGAUUAUUUUCAAUUUUGUGACCUUUGUAAAGAAGAUGACAAUUACAUAAUCUCUACUGCAUAUUGUGCUAAAUGCGAUGAAUCAUAUUGCUAUGAUUGCACUAUACUUCACCGUUUACAAAAGGCAACAAAAAGUCAUGAAAUUGGUCCUCCAAAAUCAAAGAAAUCGUCUUUUGUUUGUGAAUUAUGCAAACAUCUCGAUAUUAAGAUUCAUGCAGUGGCUAGUUGUAGAGAUUGUGAGGAACUUUACUGUGACACAUGUUCAACUGCUCAUAAACGACAAAAAGCGACAAAAAAUCAUCCGAUUUCAUGUCACGAUAGACUAGCCGAGAGAGGAACGUGCGAGCCUUGUAAUGAUAAGGGGACUACUGGAAAAACUGCUUGCCACAUUUGCGUUGAUUGUGAUGAAGUACUGUGCUUCGACUGUUUUACUGUCCAUAUAAAACAAAAAGCCACCAGGGAACACAAAGUCGUUUGCUCGGAAGUAACUGACCAAGUAACUGACCAAAACUACUGUCAGCCUUGUUAUAAUGGAGGCAUGAACGUCACACCUGACAUGUACUGUAGAGCAUGUUCAGUUAAAUUAUGCAGUAUAUGUGCUGAUGGACACAGAAGAGAUGAAACAUCCCAAAACCAUAAAGUAAUCACCAUACCCAAAUUUGUUGGUGCUGAACAAGGAAGGCUUAAUGCAAAUGAAGUAACUCAAGAAGAUAUACAUAUACAAUCUAAAACUAUGCAAGAUAACCUGAAACCAGGCAUACCUUGCUUAGUUGAUCCUGUAAAACUUGAUUGCGUUUGUCUCGCCUGGGAACCUCCAAAACAGGUAUUUAAAAACAUGAAUUAUCAGCUUCGCUACAAAGAGGUAGAUUCGAAUUCAAAAUGGAUUCUUUCAACUCAAGUUGCUACCCAACCAUCCAUAAUAGUAUGCAAUUUGAAGUCAAAUACAAAGUAUGUUUUUCAAGUACGGAUGGUAAGUGAUGAAGAAGAAGGACCGUACAGUGAUGCAAGCAAUAUCGUAGAAACAAUGCUGUCGGCUGCUGCUCGAUCUCUAGACUUUAUGUAUGAAGUUAAUCGAAAUGAUACAGAAAUGCUUUUGAAAAGGCUACCUCUGCAAGAAAACAAAAAGGCUCGAAACCUAACUGAGAAGACAAGAAAGCUGAUAAUCGGUGAGAAGAACAAAACAAACGUGCAAGAAAGAACAGUUAUGUUAGUUGGUGCAACAGGAACUGGUAAAAGCACAUUGGUAGACGGUAUGAUAAAUUAUGUUCUUGGAGUAAGUUGGAGUGAUCCAUACAGGCUUACACUAAUUGAUUUGGAAGACGAGGAAAUUAACAGAGAUACCAACCAGGCUGUUUCGCAGACACAGUGGAUAACGUGUUACACUAUUAAUCCUUUACAAGGUAGCCGGUUGGAUUACACCUUGAACAUCAUUGACACACCAGGGUUUGGAGAUACUCGUGGCAUUGAGAGAGAUAGGGAAAUAAUCAGUCAGAUUCGAACAUUAUUUUCAAACGAAGGUGAAACUGGUAUAGUAUUCAUUGAUGCAAUAUGUUUCCUGGUUAAAGCACCUGAUGCACGUCUGACACCAACACAAAGGUAUAUUUUCAACGCAAUCAUGUCACUGUUUGGACAUGAUAUCAAGGACAACUUUUGCAUUUUAGUGACAUUUGCAGAUGGAAAGAAACCACCAGUUCUUUCGGCUUUGAGGGAGGCAAAAUUACCUCAUGAGCUUUAUUUUCCAUUUAACAACUCCGGUCUCUUUGCAGAAAACACUAGUGAAAAGGCUUCCAAUUUCGCUUCUAUGUUUUGGGAAAUGGGGUGUGACAGCUUUAGGUUGUUCUUUGAUAAACUUAAGACAAUGAACACAAAAAGUUUACAACUGACGAGGGAUGUUCUUGAACAACGAGAGCUUAUAGAAUUAAACAUAGAAAACCUCCAGCCAAAAUUAAACGCUGGUCUCCAUAAAGUAGAUGAAAUAAGUAAAGAAAUGAAAAUACUUGAGGAAUUCAAAACACAAAUAGAUGAUAACAGUGACUUUGUGUAUAAGGUUGAAGAAACAGAACAAAGGCAAAUUGAUUUACCAAAAGGACAGCACGUUACUAACUGUCUCACCUGUAACAUUACAUGUCACAAAAAGUGCAAAAUAGCAAAUGAUGAGAAGAAAAGAAAAUGCCAAAGCAAUUUGGAUAUUAUAAACAAAGAUAUGGAUGGAUCAGAAAGUCAUAACUAUGACAGUGACACUUGUGCUGAAGCUGAGCUUCCAGAUAGUCCAAAAGUUGAAUCUGGAGUGGAUGAACGAUCAAAUGAUGGUCACCUCAUCAAUUUGGAAAAUAAUAAGAGUCCAAGAAGCUUUCCUUUUUCAACAGAAGAGGGUAGUCCACUAAAAUGUGAUUUCCCUGUGCAGAGAAAAAGUUUCUGUGAUGAAUGCUCUCUGUUUCAUUGUUCACAAGAAGGCGUACAAGCAAACGCAUGGUCUAAAAAUGAUUGUAUAUCUCCAACAAAAGCACCAAGAGCAGUAUUUUUAUGUACAACCUGUUCAUUUAUGCAGCACACUAACCCUGCCACAAUGAGCUGUAAGGAAUGUGAAGAGGUCUACUGUGACACAUGCAGCAAUGUUCACAGAACGCAAAAGGCGACCAGAACACACACAUUAUCAGUACAUGAAGACCUUCCAGGAAAAACCAUGUGCGAACCAUGUGAAUAUAAUGGCAAAGAGAAUAUAGAAGCUGUCUACCUUUGCAUUGACUGCGAUGAAGUUCAGUGUACUGACUGUAAAUCGGUUCAUAUUAAACAGAAGGUCACUCGUGGACAUACUCUCAUCUUAGCUUUUCCAGACACUGACAAACUGUGUGAUGUUUGUUGGAAAUUGGGGCAGCAAGCUACACCUGUAAAAUAUUGCAAAGUUUGUUUCACAAAAAUGUGCAACAAGUGUGCAAAGGCGCACCGAGAGGAUUCAUCAGCAACUGAGCACAAGCUUUAUGACAUAAAGCCUCAAUUAUCAAUUAAACCAGUAUCUACACAGGUGGUGCAAAACACAAGUAACAAACAGACUGUUCCGGAAGAGAGACCAAAAGUAAAGAAGUCUGUAAUUGACACUACAAAACCUGGAAAGCCAUGUGUGGUUGGUCAAGUAUCUGUAGACACAGUUUGCCUUGUUUGGGAACCGCCAACACAAUUGUUUGAAAACCCUAACUUCCAAUUAAGGUAUAAAGAAGCUGAUGGGUCUUCCAAAUGGAGAUUCUAUCCAGACCUAGCUCCUAGUAGCACGAUAACAUUAACUAACCUGAAGUCAGAUACACACUACAUUUUCCAAGUACGAAUGGUGAAUGAUGAAAAUGAGGGUUCAUAUAGUGAUAUAAGUGACACUAUAGGGACAAUACAGUCAGCUGCCCAUCACAUUAUGGAUUUUAUGUAUGAUGUCACAGCGCAAGAUGUCAAUAUCCCUUUGAAGAAAAUACCUUUCCAGGAAAAUAUCAAAACUAGAAAUGAAAAAGCUAAAACUAGAAAAUUGAUCAUUG